CCCCAGCCACCGUUGGCCUACCUCGUCCGCAUCUUGAGGCCACAUAGAAAGGAACCAAUUAUAUAUAUUGAGGAAAGGCCAAGAAAUCGUCUCGUCCUGACCCUGAUCGCAACCCGUCUGAACUUGCGGUCGACACUGCUGAACCUGAGCGUCGUACUCCCGUCUCUCGCACCCCCUCUCAAGAUUCACAGAAAGACGCCACUCCCCCUCGUGACAAGAAGGGGAAGGGGAAGGCACUUCCACGCGCCGCUUCAAAUCACAGCCCAUCAAAAGCGGCUCUUCCUUCACUUGCACAUCGUUUUACACAAUCCCAACCAAGCUUUCAUCGGGGACCAAACGAUCUUGUCGGUUCACGCUCACAAGCUGGUCCAUCAGGCUCCGCUCUCCGCUCUACCACUGCAUUUUCUUCGUCGGUGAACCCUUCAGGGGCGAACAGUGCCCAAUCCGGUCCCUCGAAUCCACCGCCGUCCGUUCCCGAAAGCUCCGCCCCUCGUCGCAGCACUCGAUCGAGGCGUAAACCUUGCCUCCCGUAUUCGCCUGUGGAACAUACACCGAAAGCGAACGAAGAAUCAAGCGGGGAAGGGAGCUUAAGAGACGACCCUCACGACGCUGAAUAUCGUCCAGAAGACUUCGUUACUCCUCCGCAGAGCCGUUCCGUUGUACUGGAAAAGGCGACACCGAAGGGAAACGUCAGCGGCAAGUCAGCCAGGCCACCUUACCUCAAGAUGAACUACGCCGCGCACGUCGGCGAGGACGCCGCACACCGAUGCGCUCUCCACUUGGAUAAAGUGCCGAAGGGUACCAUACAGCUCUGCCAUAUCAUCCCGCGUGCAGAACAUGCCGAUAACCUCCAGAUGCUUGAACGAGCUUGGCAGCUGCCCCAAGGCAGCUUCAACCAGGAUACCCGCUGGGCCCAGAUAUACCUGUGUUCUAAUUACCACUGGGGGUUCGACCAUGGCGGGUGGAGCUUCCUUCCAGAUACCAACGUGCUGUGGGGUAUCCUCAAAGGUAUCAAUGGGAACCCUGAAUUCACCGGUCAAGAUACGUACAAGUAUUGGAUUUCAGAGGUGCAACGACUUCGUCAGCUCGGUACCCCUCCCAAAUAUUUCUUCAUUCCUCUUCAGACACUCGAUGAUCGAAUCUCCAUUGGUCGUCUGAACCUCGCAAACCCAAUCGUCGACGGUCACCACAAGUAUGAUUAUAUCAAUGCACCCUACGAUGAUCAGAUCAAAAUAUCGUUACCUCUCCAUCCGUUUCCGGUGAUCGCGCACUUUAUGAAGAGCUGGCAGAUGCUGGACGCAGAAUUCCAACAAUCUAUCAAAGGGCGCCUGAAAGGCUUGCAGAAAAUGCUCAUCGUUGCCGCUGAGGCAAUAUGGGAGUGCUGGUGCGCAAAAUCGGAGGGCCUCAAUGACCCGCACAACUGGACCAUCAAGCACGCCGGUCAUCAAGACGAUGGUCAAGGUAGCGGCGGCGGCAAUGACUAUGAUGACGGCGACGGCGAGGACGACGGCAACGCUGGCGGUCGCGGCGAGGAUCAUGAAGC